AUGGGCUCGGCGCAUGAUAAAUUUAUUGGCCUGGCCUUGGCCAUGUUAUCGUCGGUCGCAACUGGCUCUAGCUAUGUUAUAACCAAAAAGAGCUUGAUACAAUCAUCCGACCGACAUGGAUUCGAUGGCUCGGGAAUCCAGUAUAUUAAAAAUCCAUUGUGGUGGUGUGGCACUCUCACCCUUGUCUCUGGAGAAUUGAUGAAUACCGCUGCAUAUGCUUUUGCCCCGGCCGUGCUGGUCACGCCCAUGGGAGCAAUGAGCGUUUUGAUAGGAGCUAUUUUAGGAGCAUACUUUCUCGAGGAACAUCUAAACACAGUCGGCCGUCUUGGCUGCGCAACCUGCCUGUUGGGAUCGAUUCUUAUCGUGCUACAUGCCCCGGCCGAUCCAGAGUUAACCACGAUUGACCAGAUAUUGAAUCUGGCUACCCAACCAUUAUUCUUGCUAUAUCUCGCCUUUGUCCUCGCCUUCACCAUAUACGCAAUCUAUCGCCUGGCGCCUCGCAGCGGGUCAACAAAUCCCAUUAUCUAUAUUAGCAUCUGCUCCUUGGUAGGAUCACUCUCGGUCAUGUCCAUCAAGGCCUUUAGCAUCGCCGUGAAACUCACGAUUGCCGGCGACAACCAAUUCACGAGUGCCUCGACCUAUGUAUUUCUUAUUGCUGUGGUUAUUACGACGAUUACGCAAACGCAUUAUUUGAAUAAAGCGAUGAGUCAUUUUCCUGCAUCUUUAGUAAACGCCAUCUUCUAUGUCGGUUUCACGACCUGUACGCUCUCCGCCUCAUUCAUCUUCUACAAGGGAAUCAAUACCGACGACGUCACCAAUAUCUUCUCCAUAGUGUGCGGUUUCCUCUUGGACUUUACCGGUGUUGCUGUGUUGACAUUGUCAAAGAAAGAGGAGAAUGCAAUUCAUCGACAAAAGGCAGAUUAUAGGCCUCUUGACGAAGCAGACGACGAGGCCUUUGAGUUGCAAGGUACGGCGACGAGGUCAAACUGA